AUGGCUGAGCUGCCCAUCAUGGAGCUGCCCCCAGCCCGCUGCAGUGGCCGCUUCACCAUCAGCACCCUCCUGGGCACAGAGGAGGGUGGUCGCGGUCCCUAUGUGCCCGCGGAGGGCUCUGGGUGUGACAGUGCCCAGCCCACCCAGCUCUCAGGCAGCACCAUCUGCACCAGGACCUUCGGCUACAACACAGUGGAUGUCGUGCCUGCCUAUGAGCACUACGCCAACAGCAAGGGGGUGGGAGACUCUAGGAAGGGCAGGCCCUCGCUGGCAGACCUGCACUCCAUCCUCAAGCCAGACCCAGGCCACCUCUGUGCACCCGUGUCCGACCUGCAGCGGAGCAAUGGGCUGACAGAGGCCAGCCCAGAGGAGGCACCGGGGGAGUCAGGCACAGACCCUGCACCAGAGCCCGUUCGCUUCGGCUGGGUGAAGGGUGUGAUGAUCCGCUGCAUGCUGAACAUCUGGGGAGUCAUCCUCUACCUGCGCCUGCCCUGGAUCACUGCCCAGGCAGGAAUCGCCCUGACGUGGGUCAUCAUCCUGAUGUCUGUGACGGUGACCACCAUAUCCGCCAUAUCCACCAACGGCAAAGUGAAGUCAGGAGGCACCUACUUCCUCAUCUCGCGGAGCCUCGGGCCGGAGCUGGGCGGCUCCAUCGGGCUGAUUUUCGCCUUCGCAAAUGCGGUGGCCGUGGCCAUGCACACCGUGGGCUUUGCCGAAACCGUCCGGGACCUGCUGCAGGAGCACAACUCCCUCAUCGUGGACCCCACCAAUGACAUCCGCAUCAUUGGAGUGGUCACUGUGACGGUGCUGUUGGGCAUCUCCCUGGCUGGCAUGGAGUGGGAGGCCAAGGCACAGAUACUGUUCUUCCUGGUCAUCUUGGUUUCCUUCAUAAAUUACCUGGUGGGGACAGUGAUCCCUGCCACUGCCGAGAAGCAAGCGAAGGGCUUCUUCAGCUACCGAGCUGACAUCUUUGCUCAGAACUUUGUGCCUAACUGGCGGGGACCCGAGGGCUCCUUCUUCAGCUUGUUUUCCAUUUUCUUCCCAUCGGCUACCGGCAUCCUGGCUGGGGCCAACAUUUCGGGUGACCUGAAGGAUCCUGCUGUGGCCAUCCCCAAGGGCACUUUGAUGGCCAUCUUCUGGACCACUGUGUCUUACUUGGUGCUUUCUGCUACGAUUGGCGCCUGCGUGGUCCGGGACGCCUCAGGAAGCCUCAACGACAGCGUGGCGCUGGGCUCGCCGGGCUGCGAGGGGUUGGCCUGCGCCUUUGGGUGGAACUUCACCGCCUGCACCCAGCAGCAGAGCUGCCGAUACGGGCUCAGCAACUACUACCAGAGCAUGAGCAUGGUGUCUGGGUUUGGCCCCCUCAUCACAGCAGGGAUCUUCGGCGCUACCCUCUCCUCGGCACUGGCCUGCCUCGUCUCAGCCCCCAAAGUCUUCCAGUGUCUCUGCAAGGACCAGCUCUACCCUCUCAUAGGCUUCUUUGGGAAGGGCUACGGCAGGAACAGUGAGCCCAUCCGCGGCUACAUGCUCACCUACGUCAUUGCGGUGGGCUUCAUCCUCAUCGCCGAGCUCAAUGCCAUUGCCCCCAUCAUCUCCAACUUCUUCCUCUGUUCCUACGCCCUCAUCAACUUCAGCUGCUUCCAUGCCUCCAUCACCAACUCCCCAGGCUGGCGACCCUCCUUUCGGUAUGCCCUCAUUGCCUUCGUCAUCGUCAUCUUCCUCCUGGGAUACGUCCUCUACAAAAAGCCAGAUGUCAACUGGGGCUCCUCCAUGCAAGCCAGCUCAUACAACAUGGCCCUCAACUACUCGGUGGGGCUGAGUGAAGUGGAUGAGCACAUCAAGAACUACAGACCGCAGUGCCUGGUGCUCACUGGCCCUCCCAAUUUCCGCCCAGCCCUAGUGGACUUUGUGGGGACCUUCACCAAGAACCUCAGCCUGAUGCUCUGCGGCAACGUGCUCAUUGGACCACGGAAGCAGAAGAUGCCAGAGUCCCGGCUGAUGGCAGACGGCCACACCAAGUGGCUUAUGAAGAGGAAGAUCAAGGCUUUCUAUACGGAUGUGGUGGCUGAGAAUCUGAGAAGUGGCGUCCAAAUGCUCAUCCAGGCUGCUGGCCUUGGGAAGAUGAGACCCAACAUCCUGGUGCUGGGCUACAAGAGGAACUGGCGGACUGCAUCCCCGCAGAGCCUGGAGGACUACGUGGGCAUCCUGCACGAUGCCUUUGAUUUCAAGUAUGGUGUGUGCUUGAUGAGGAUGAAGGAAGGGCUGAAUGUUUCCCAAGUGCUGCAGGCACAUGUGGAUCCUACCACCUUGGCCAGUGAGCAGCAGGCGAGCACCAUCUUCCAGAGUGAGCAGGGCAAGAAGACCAUUGACAUUUACUGGCUCUUCGAUGAUGGAGGUCUCACACUGCUCAUCCCCUACCUCUUGGGGCGCAAGAAGCGGUGGGGAAAGUGCAAAAUCCGUGUAUUUGUCGGCGGGCAGAUCAACAGGAUGGACGAGGAGAGGAAGGUGAUUGUCUCUCUGCUGAGCAAGUUCCGCCUCGGCUUCCAUGAGGUCCACAUCCUCCCUGACAUCAACCAGAAACCCCGGCCAGAGCACAUCAAGAGGUUUGAUGACCUCAUCGCUCCCUUCAGGCUAAACGAUGGCUUCAAAGAUGAGGCCAUGGUGAAUGAGAUGAGGCAGGGCUGUCCCUGGAAGAUUUCUGACGAGGAGGUUGAUAAGAACAGAGUCAAGUCACUUCGACAAGUGAGGCUGAAUGAGAUUUUGCUGGAUUACUCGCGGGAUGCGGCGCUCAUAGCCAUCACACCACCCAUUGGCAGGAAGGGCUGCCCCAGCUCCCUCUACAUGGCCUGGCUCGAGACCCUCUCACAGGACCUGAGACCGCCCAUUAUCCUCAUCCGAGGCAACCAAGAGAAUGUGCUGACCUUUUACUGCCAAUAA